AUGUCGAACAGGCAGCAGGUUUGCAAAUUUUUUAAGCAGGGACGCUGUCAAUAUGGCAAUAGUUGCAGAUUUUACCACCCCCAACAAUCGAAUAAUAAUUACAAUAAUUAUGGUAGUGUUGCGAGUGGGAACAACGCAUUCGGAAAUCAAACACGUGGUGGAUUAGGCGCAUUUGGAAACUUUGCUUCAAAUAACAAUACCGGGUUUAGUAGUAGUGGUGGAAAUACGGGUAAUGCAGCACAGGAAACACCACAACAGUUUUGUGAUCCAAAAUCUCUCACCAAACGUCAAAAUGAAAUGCGAAACGAUAUGCUUGAAUUGGAUGAAAUGCUGAAUAUUAGUAAUUGUAUAUUUACAUCUUAUUCUUUGAAGCCUCCUGCAAUUGCAAAUGCUAUUUCGAAUCGUGAUUUUUCCUUUGAAGAAGCUAGGGUUCAGUACUAUCAGGCACAGGCCACAAAUACUAUUCCACAAUAUCAACAACAGAUAGCUAAUAGACACAAUGAUAUGAAGAAUGCAGUAAACUUCAUAAAACAGAAUUCAGAUAAGGCUGUGAGGUACUUGCAGUUAUCACUUUCCAACCAAAGCAUACCUCCUAAACCACUGAUUCCAGUCCCUGACUUCAAUGUACCUGUUUCGGCAACAGGAUCUGGUAGCAUUUUUAGCACAUCGACGUCGAGUAAUGUGUCUAAUCCUUUUGGUGGCCAGUCUAAUCCUUUUGGAAGUUCUGCAAAUUUGAGUAGUGGAGGUACAUUUGGGUCAUCUGGGUUCGGGUCAUCAACGACAGGAGCAUUUGGAAAUCAAACAUCUACGACAGGAGCAUUCGGAAAUCAAACAUCUGUAGCCUCUCCAUUUGGGGGGAGUGCUACUGGUAAAACUGGUUUAGGAGGCGGUGGAUUUGGAAGCAGUGGAUUUGGAAGCAGUGGAUUUGGAAGCAGUGGAUUUGGAAGCAGUGGAUUUGGUACGAAAACAUCAGGUGCAUUCGGUUCGGUUACUUUAUCAAACCUGGCAGCAUCAGCACAAUCUCCAUUUGGCUCAUCACCAGCUUCUACUACAUCAGGACCGUUUGGUGGAACAUCAUCAGCUACAGCAAGUACUUUUGGUGUUACCAACUCCGCUAAUGCUACUUCAUCUUUUGACACGGGAGGUUUUGGGAAUGCAGGGUUUGGAAAAAAUUUAGGAAAUGCGUUCAAAGAACAUUCUGAAAAUGCAAACACUUUUAACAGGAGUAGCAGCACAAACGCACAAUCUAAUCCAUUUGGUGGAGUGUCAACAGGCAACGCUUUUGGAAAUAAAGUAUUUGGUGGUGUUUUUGGAGCACAGGAUAAUUCACCUUUUGGAGGGAACAGUCAGGGAAACGCUACCGAAUUUAGGCAGUCUGAAAUCGAAGAACCAAAAACUAGGAUACAAGAUCUUGGGGAUAAAAUUCUGGAGCUCUUUAAUGCCGACACUUUUGAACUUGGGAAAGUUCCUGAUAUCCCACCACCAUUGGAAUUAUGUUAA